AUGCAGAAUGGCGUCUGCGGGUUGUGUGGAGGAAUGAAGCGGCUGACCGCUGCCUGUUUCCCCGGUGAACCCGUGCUGUCAGCGGCCUUAGUGUUUCAGCAGAGCGGAGCUGCCGGAGUAGUGUGCUGUUGCCCCCAGGCAGCCUGGCUGUUGGACUAUGCUGUGUUCGUCCUCUGGGUGGCGCCUCCUGAGCCGAGCUCGCCGCUUCCCCAGCCCAGCCGCCGCUCAGCCAGUCGCCAUGUACACCACCCGCCUCUACGGCCCCGCGGGGGCAGGAGGGGGAGCAGGAGGUGGGGUAGGGGGGGUCAAACAGAGCCGACGAGCAGGGCUGGCCGUGCUAGAAGCGCCCCAUCACCUCCCCCAUCACCCACACCCAGCACAGCCUCCCCCGAGCUUCCCGCUGUACCAGGGGCGCCCCGACGCUCACAGAGGGCCGCACUUCCACUACCACCCCCACCCCACCCUCAGCCCCACCCUCAGCCCGCCCACCUGGCCCCUCCCCCACUGCCCCCUCACUACCAGCACCACGCACACUACCACUCGUACGGAGGAGGAGGGGCUCAGGCCGCCGCCGGCAGCAGGAAGAAGACGUGGAACUUCAUCCACGAGAAGAUGAGCUACGACACGUUCUUCACCAUGAAGCGCCUCAUCGAGCGCUCGCGGCGGCCCGACGAGGUCCUGCGCUGGGUCACGCAGAACCCCGCCAAGAUCUCCCACAACCACUACCCGGUGGCCCUGCAGAAGAUCGGACAGCUGCUGCAGGCCACGCUGGCGCCGGCGCCGCCCGGCGGCGGGGGCGACCCGGACCCGGGGGCGGCGGCGGAGGGAGGGGACGGACGGCAGAUCCUGGAGCAUCAGGACUUCCACACGCUCUGCAACGCCAUCGUCAACGACUGCGCCAAGUUUGACAACUUCAGCAUCGUCAACUGUCUGUACGCCGUGGCGGCGCUCGGUCUCCCCAGUGACUCGGCUGUGGUGCAGGUGCUGGAGGCGGAGUCCCAGUCCAGACUGAACCAGUUCAACCAGAAGGAUGUUUCCAUGGUGUUCAGCUCCAGCAUGAAGCUGCACCCGGGCAGCCAGCACGCGCUGACCGAGGCCUGCCUGGCCGGCCUGGAGAAGAACCUGGAGAGAGAGCGCCACCCGCAGACGCUCUUCCUGCUGCUGUCCUACUACAGACUCAAGCUGCGCUCGCUGCAGACGCACCAAGCCGCUACCGGCACCGCUACCGGCACCGCUACAGCCGGUACAGCCGGUACAGCCGGUACCGACAACAGCAGCACGCCUCCAAACCCAGAGCAACUGUUCGCCAACAGGAAGAUCUUGCGUCUGGUGAAACACACUCUGGCGAGCGUCAGCGGCGUGCGUGACCAGGAGAUGGCGCUGCUGGACGAGAUGUUGGCGGCGUGUGUUCGGGAGGCGAGCAACAAGAGUCUGGAGUUGAUCUUCAGCUCUCACCUGUUCUACCAGAACAGGCAGGAGAGGUUCAUCAGCAGCCUGGCAGAGGAGCUGCCGAAGAAGGUGGACAGCAUCACUCCGUACACGAUGGCUCUGAUCGCCAAGUACAUCGCUCGCCAUCGGCUGAGAGAGACUCGCCUGCUGGACACCGUAGCAGACUUCCUGGUGAAGAAGGCCGAGUACCUGGACAGCAAGGUGAUCCAGAAGCUGGUGUUCCCGUUCAGCAGGAUGAGUUACCGUCCGUCCAACGAGCAGCAGUUCUUCUCUCGGCUGGAGGAGGUGGUCGAGCUGAAGGCUCUCAGCUCGCCGCUCGCCACCGUCAACAUCCUGAUGUCUCUGUUCCAGCUGGGACACUUCCCUGGUCUGGUGCUGCACCGAGUCUUCUCCUCCGCCUUCAUCAGCAACGUCACCAAUAGCCCCUAUGCCCUGAUCGUGCGGAGGUACCUCUCUCUGCUGGACUCGGCCGUGGAGCUGGAGUACCGAGAAUACUCCGGACCUCGACUACAGGAAGCUCACAAGGUCCUGAUGUUUGACCACGCUCUCACUGCUGACGAGGUCAACCGCAAGUACAGUUAUAAAGGUCUGGUGGCCGAGGCUCUGCGUCAGCUGGUUGGAGAACACAACUACAAACAAGACGAAGUUCUGGCCCCGGGAUACUACACAGACUUUGUGUUGCUGAUGGACAGCUCUGGGCGUGUCCUGCCCGUCAGGACGACAGGCGCCCCGCCCCCCUCCUCCUCUCUUUCCUGCGUCGCCGUGGCGACCAACAAGCCAGCUGACGCCGCCGUUGCCGCGGUGACAUCAGAGUUCCAGAAGUUUUCUCCGUUCGCGGCGCCGGAGGAGGUCUUGGAGCCAUCAUCGUCGGUGGGGGGGGGUCAGGCGGGUGUUGCCAUGGGGACGCCUCGGUCCUUCCUGCCCCACGGCGUGCGCGGCGGCCUGCCGCGGCACGGCGGCGCUAACGGCGGCCCGUACGGCGCCUACUACCCCCCCGCGGCGGAGUUCUGCUCCGGUCUGGCCAAGGAGCACUCUGUGGAGAGCCAGGACAGCUCCACGCUGAGCAGCCCCCCCUCUGACGGCCUCCAGGGGCCCCCGGGGCCCAACGCCACCGCGGCGCCGGACGCCAUCUUCCAGUUCUCCAUCAGGAAGAUCCUGGAGGACGAGGGGGGGCCGCCUGGGGGCGCGGGGGUGGACUACUACGAAGGUAUGGCUUAUUCUGAGGGGCCCGGGGCCAACCGAGGGGCCCCGUCACCACAGCUGCACCCCCCCGACAGAGCAGACGCCCCCGACAACCCUCCAACGGAGCCGAGAGCCGGCAUCAGGAGGCUCAUCAUGUCUGUCAACGAUAAGUGGCAUUACUGCCACAACUCUGAGGUUCUGGUCGGCUCUCGGGCCAUGAGGGACCGCCACCUGAGGCUGCUGGGAUACAUCAUCCUGCAGCUGCCGUACCACGAGCUGGAGAAGCUGAACGGCAUCGAGGAGGUGAAGCAGUACCUGCACAAGAAGCUGCUGGACGUCCCGCUAUGACGCUCUCUGUGUGUGUGUGUGUGUGUGUGUGUGUGUGUGUGUGUGUGUGUGUGUGUGUGUGUGUGUGUGUGUGUGUGUGUGUGUGUGUGUGUGUGAGAAAGAGAGUCACCCCACAGAUUUCAGCUGCAACCAACGAUCAUUUUAUCCAAUAAUCUGCUCUAAAUUGGGUCCUUUUUUAAUCAGUGAGUCUUUAAGGCUCUCAUCGUCUGCUCAGCUGAUAGGAAACUGAACUGUCGGAAAGACAAAAAAUAAAACUUCAUUAACAUUUUAUAAACCAGUGAACGGAUAAAUAAAUUAGAGUUGCUGCAGCUGCUCAUUAAUGUGCAGGUGGACUCCGACUCCCAUGAGGCUUUGCAGCUUUUUAAAGGACCAUCCUGCUGCUUUCUGACCAUUUUCCAAAACCAUCAGCAACCAACCAAACUCUGUUCAUUUUUCAGUGUAUUUAAAGAAAAGGAGUUCGAUUUAUCCAUCUGAUUAUUCCGUUUCAUGUUGUUUUCUCUGUUCAUGAUGGCUGAUGCCAGGUGUGUCAUUCUGCUGGAAAAUAUGACUUUUUUAAAAUUAUUUUAAUUCAAAUCUAGUUUUGUUUUUGCCCCAAAACAGUAACAUUUUGUGUGUAGUUCCAUCGUCGUCAUCCUUGUUCAACAUGUGUGUAAUUAUUGAUUUUUGUUGUUCAGGAACUUUAAAUCAGGAGCUCUGUUGUCCAAAACUCAAACAAUUAGUUAAUAUAGGUGUUGCAUCAUGUAAAAGGCUAAUUUGGGUAUUUUUCAACAAUGCAUUGGUGUCCAAGUGACUGAUAUAAACAGAAAUCUUUGGUCCAGUAUUUAGCGAGACCGUUGAACCAGACCCCAUGUAAAUAAUCAGGACUUUUAGCGUGUAUAGAGCCAGCAUAUCUCCACCAGACUCCAUGUAAA